UUUAAAUAAUCAUCAAUACUUUUGAAACAAAGAAAACUGCUAGCAGAGAAAUCUACACCUCCCAUUUUGGCUAUUAGCCAAAAUGGGAGGUUUCAAUACUUCUCUUCAGACCAAUCAUUACUAAGAUCUAUCUCAAGUGUAACAAAGUUGGCAAUCAUAGAGGAAGAAAGAUUUCCAUAAGCAAUAGUUCCCAUUUCUUUUGUCAAUCUCAUGAUUUCCCAAUCAUAUGCAAAUAAUCAGAAAGAACAAAGAUAAGUUACAACAAUUAGAAGCGAUCAAGAAAAGUGAGCUUACUAUGAGACGUUGUAAAAAAAUGAUAUUGCAUCUCCAUAUAUCUAAGAGACUAAUAGAAUGUAUGACUGAGACGAUCCCCAAGAAAAAUAACUGAUUGAGAACACAUAGCCUCCAAAAAUUGUACUGUCCUCUUUCUGUUGCUUGAAUAAGCCAAGAAUUGGCCUAUAGGUUUGGUAACCUAUAUAAGAAGGGAACACAAGUUAUGAGCCAUGCAUGCCAUAGCAACAUUGCAAACGAAACCAUUAAUAAAGUUGACCCUAAUGGGAACAACAGAUAAGAUACCAACACUACAGCUGCAUACUUGCUUCUGGAAGGCAAUGUCUCAGGGAAAUAGUCAUCCAACAUUGCAAACGCUGAGAGUAUGCACCCCGUGAUAAUUUCUACGACCAAGUGUUGAGGUCUGAGAGCACCGCUGCCUAUGCGCAAGGUUAGUUUUGACAGAAGCUCAUGAAUGAGAGCAAACCUCAGUUGUG